AUGGACAACAGACAUGAAAAAUACUCCAGAGAUGCUUAUUUCUUCUUCAAUGGAGUAAAGAUGGCAGAUAGAUGAACCAUCAUGGUCACAGAAUCUUACCCUAGAAAUCAGAAACUUGGUAUUUGGCUCCAAACAGUUCUUAUUUUAAGUAAUCAAAGAAAACAUGGAUGAUGGGGAGGUAGGGACUUCAGACCAGGCUGUAGAUACAUUUGUUGAUGAAUUUCUGAAGAAUACCCGGACUUGCACUCACACUCACACUUGCAACCCACCUGGCCCUGAUGCUGCACACACACAUACUUGCUACCACACCCAUACCCAAGUUCUUCCGUCGGAAGAUGAUGAUGGUGCUAAGAAUAAAGAGCAUUCCGUUCCCAGACCACGAAGAAGAAGGCCUUCCAGAAAUAGAGAAGCAGUUCGAAAGUACAGGGAGAAAAAGAAGGCACAUACAGCUUACUUAGAAGAGGAAGUGAAGAAAUUGAGGCUGUUGAACCAGCAACUUGUUAGAAAAAUACAGGGGCAGGCAAUUCUUGAAACAGAGUUUUUAAGGCUGAAAAGCGUGUUUCUGGACCUUAGAGGAAAGAUUGAUCAUGAGUUGGGUGCUUUCCCCUUCCAAAAUCAGUGUGAGACUUCUUCUGUUCUAACGGAAAUUGAUUGUAAUCCGCAGUUUACUGCUCGGGCAGUUGGACUUUGUUGUCAAACAGAUUUACCAUGCUUCUGUUCACCUGUUGGGUCAUCAAUGCAGGCUAGUAUCGGCACAAGCGCGAAAGCAAUGGUGCCAUUAGGAGGAAAUUGUCAGCCUGCAGUAAUUGAUUGCCAAGCAAAUACAAAUGAGAUGGUUAGUGCAGUACAAAACUCUACAAAUAGUAGAAACCUUUGUAUCGUUGGCAACAGAAGCUGAGUAAAUAUAGCAUGUAAGUUUCUUCUAUACCAGAGCAAAUAUUUUUAUACUACUACCUAUUGCUAUAACAUAUUUUAAGAGUAAUAGAUUAAUAUAGUAUUUAAAAUAUAUGAGUGCUAUUUUGAUGUCCAUAUUUAAAAUCCUUUACGGUGAUACGAAUUUAGGUCAAUAAAGUAGCAUACUUGUUGAUAAUGUUUGUAGUUUUGGUUUCUCUGAAUAACUUAUAUCAUAUCCAUCGUGUAUAUAAGACUUCCUCUCUUUGUU